CUUCACGUUCUAUCACUAUUCAACAGUCAUAUUCAUCUAAAGUCUUUCUCAGAAUUAUCAUUCCAAGGAAAAACACAUAAAUCCGAAUUAUUCUAAAGAAAGCGGCGACUGAAUUUGAAGAAAUUAGGGGAAAUGGAGAGCUUGUUGGUGCGCAUGUGCAUCGACUCGGCCACUCAGAGCGCCGGCGCCGUCGAAAAGUGGCGGAGGCAGCGGCGGACUCUUGAGCGCUUGCCGUCUCCUCUUGCCGAUGCCCUACUCCGCCGCCUGCUCCGCCGCCGCCUUCUCUUCCCUUCUCUGCUCGAUAAUGUUCGUCCUUUGAAUCUAAUUUACAGUGUUACCAAUUCAAUUCGAACCUGGGGAAAUGAAAAUGUUGGUCGAGUUUUCAAAUACAGUGCAGAGGAAGUCGAUUUGAGAGGUGAGAGCUGUGUGGAUGCAGAAUGGAUGGCAUACUUGGGGGCCUUCCGAUACUUGCGUUCAAUAAAUCUUGCAGAUUGCCACAAAAUCAAUAAUUCAGCUAUUUGGAGUUUAUCAGGCUUGACAUAUUUAAAGGAGGUGGAUCUGUCGAGAUGCUACAAGGUUACAGAUGCUGGUAUUAGACAUCUAUUAUCAGUUCCAACUAUCGAGAAACUAUGUAUUUCACAAACAGGUGUUACAUCAGAUGGUGUGAGGAUGCUUGCUUCACUAACUAACUUAAUGAUGUUGGACCUGGGAGGUCUACCUGUCACUGAUUCGGCUCUGAGAUCUCUCGAGGUUCUCAUGAAAUUGCAACAUUUAGAACUCUGGGGAAGUGAAGUAUCUAACAUAGGUGCAGCUGUGCUCAAGAAAUUUCCCGACUUGAGCUUCUUAAACCUUGCCUGGACCAAUGUAACUGACUUGCCAAUUUUGCCCUCUCUUUCAACCCUGAACAUGAGCAACUGCUCCAUACAUUCUCUAUUCAAAGGAGGUCAGAAAGUCUGCUUGGAAAAAGUUAUGUUCUCUGAGGCCACAUUCACUGAUGUUUCUGAAGUUUUCCAACAUGUCGAAACAAGCAAACUUUAUUCAUUGGAUAUAUCCAGCCCCUCCGUUAAGUCGUUUGGCUUUUUGAGUUCAAUGAAGGCACUAACCUAUUUGAACCUGAGUGAUAGUGCCUUGGUUGACAAUUCAGUCGAACAUGUAACAUGCAUAGGAGCAAAACUAAGGUACUUAAAUCUCAGCAAUACUAAAGUGAGUUCUGACGGGAUUGGGGCAUUAGCCGGACAUGUUCCCAAUCUUGAGACGCUAUUGUUGUCUGGCACACCUGUCAACGACAAUGCUAUCAUAUAUAUCAGCAUGAUGCCGUCGCUCAAAGUCAUCAACCUAAACAAAACAAAUGUGAAAGGUUUGCUUCACCAGGAAGAUGGUGAUCAUGACGAGGUCCCAUCAUUUUCCGCGCUGGAAAGUCUUAAUCAAUUAGAAAGGCUGGACUUGGAGAUGGUAAAUAUAAAGGACAAUGCUGUCUGGCCCCUGACAAAAUUGCAGAGAUUGCGACAUCUGUCCCUGCAAAGUUUUUCGCUUACGGAUGUAUCUCUACACCACAUAUCUUCUUCCACAAAUCUGACACAUGUCGGUAUCCGUGAUGCUGUGCUGACAGAUGGCGGGCUUCUUAGUUUCCUUCCCCCUCAGGCCUUAAGAGUGCUUGACAUCACGGGAUCCUGGCUAUUGACGAGAGACGCUGUAAUGCAUUUCUGCCGUAAGUACCCUCAAAUUGAGGUGAGGCACGGGCUCGUUGAGAGAGUUGAUAAGAGGAAUUUCGAUCAUUUGUCUCCAUCACGAGUGAAUGUGACAGGUGGUUUGCGUUCGAAGCAGAAGCUAGGCAAGCAGUCCAUAUCGACCAUUAGGUCUUCUGAUGAGAAUUUUCUGGAUCAGAGAUUGAAAUACAGCAGGGAAGAGUUAGUGGCUCUGCAAUUUGCGUCGGGAGCUUCAACUUCUCACCCGACCUUAUUGUCCUGAUGAUGUUUACACUGAUUUUGACGUUUUGAGCUCUACACAAUCUUCUUGUGGUUGGUAGAUCAAGCAGGAGGAGCCGAAGCUAGCUUGUCUUAUUGAGUGGUUGAGGAAAUUGUUCUGUUUACUUUGAUUCUAAAUUGUGGCGCAGAGUCUAGAUUUCUUGAAACCUUUGGAGCAUCAAAAGCUGUACCUUUGUUUAAUGUGUUGUUGUAAUGUUUGUGAAUCAUGUUUUCUUGGGAGUUAUUCUCAUGUUGUAUCAUCCUCGAAAUUUUGCUGAGUUUGUAUGAUUCCCAUUGUUUUUUCUGCUUCUUUAAGCUUGUCU